UCCCCCCCACACACACCCCUCCCAGCUGGCUCGUGGUGUAUGUGUGUACCGCAUCGCUCCGGGCGGGAUGACCUCCCCCUGGCUGGGCUGCCAGAGGACACUGCUGCGGCUAUGGUGAGCACUGCUGGGAUCGCUUGACGCCGGGACACAUGUCGUGGAAGCGGAACUACUUUGCUUCGGGCAGCGGGCUGCAGGGGAUGUUUAUCCCACGCACCAUGACCUCCAUCGCCCCCAGCAAGGGCCUGAGCAACGAGCCAGGCCAGAACAGCUGCUUCCUCAACAGCGCCCUGCAGGUCCUCUGGCACCUGGACAUCUUCAGAAGAAGCUUCCGGCAGCUGACCACCCACAAGUGCAUGGAGGACUCUUGCAUCUUCUGCGCUCUUAAGAGCAUCUUUGCUCAGUUCCAGUUCAGCAGUGAGAAGGUGCUGCCGUCGGACGCCCUGCGCAGCGCUCUGGCCAAGACCUUCCAGGACAAACAGCGCUUCCAGCUCGGCAUCAUGGACGACGCCGCAGAGUGCUUUGAGAAUCUUCUGAUGAGAAUCCACUUCCACAUCUCAGAUGAGACCAAAGAGGACAUCUGCACGGCCAAGCACUGCAUCCCACACCAGAAGUUUGCCAUGACGCUGUUCGAACAGUGUGUAUGCAACAGCUGUGGAGCCACGUCAGACCCUUUGCCCUUCAUUCAGAUGGUGCAUUACAUCUCUACCACCUCUCUCUGUAACCAGGCUGUGCGCAUGCUGGAGUGUCGGGAGAAGCCCACGCCAGACAUGUUCGGGGAGCUGCUCCGCAACGCCAGCACCAUGGGAGACCUGCGCAGCUGCCCGGGUAACUGUGGGGAGAUGCUGCGCAUUCGCCGGGUGCUCAUGAACUCGCCCGAGAUCAUCAGCAUCGGCCUGGUGUGGGACUCGGACCACUCGGACCUGGCAGAGGACGUCAUCCACAGCCUGGGCACCUGCCUGCGCCUGGGAGACCUGUUCUACCGGGUGACGGACGACCGGGCCAAGCAGUCGGAGCUGUACCUGGUGGGGAUGGUGUGCUACUAUGGCAAGCACUACUCCACCUUCUUCUUCCAGACCAAGAUCCGCAAGUGGAUGUACUUUGAUGAUGCACACGUCAAAGAGAUCGGUCCCAAGUGGAAGGACGUGGUGGCGCGCUGCAUCAAGGGUCACUACCAGCCGCUGCUGCUGCUCUACGCUGACCCCCGCGGGACACCUGUGGCAUCGCAGGACGCCCCCCCUCACCUGGACCUGCAGCACAGCAGCAAGGGCUACGACAGCGAGGACAGCGGCCGGGAGCCGUCCAUCUCCAGCGACACCCGCACCGACUCGUCCACGGACAGCUGCAGCUACCUGCCGACGCGCUCACAGCACGAGUCGCUGGCCAGCCACUUCUCCUCGGACUCCCAGGGGACCGUGGUCUGCAGCCCCGACAGCCCAGCAGGCUCCCACCACAGUCUGGAGACAGCAGGUGAGGUGCUGCUGAAGGAGCAGUCCAGCCCCGCGUCCGCUCCCCGUCCCUCCAGCAGGGGGCGCCCUCAGCAGGACUACCCGGACGCCGGCUCCCUGCUGAUGCACGGCCGGCCCCCCUCCUGCGCCAGCUCGGGCCUGGGCGGCUGCGGCUCCUCGGAGGGCGGGGGGAGCGCCAGCGGGGCCAGCGUGGCGGGAGGGGGCCCCCAGGGGAGCGGGGGGGGCGCGGGCCGGGGCCGCGAGCGCGAGCGCGACGUCUGGGAGGACGAGAGCACCAGCGGCGAGUCCAAGUCCAGCUCGUCCACCGGGGGGCGCUGCUACCGGCCCGCCUGGCGCCCGCGCCGCGAGGCCCUCAACAUCGACAGCAUCUUCACGCGCCCGGGGGACGCCACCGGCCAGCGCUGGACGCAGCCGCUCUCCGCCCUGCCUGCCAGCCCCCCGCCGGGCCAGUGCGGGGCCGUGUGCGACGGCGAGAUGGAGAGACUGGAGAGACUGCCCGCUCCUCCACCACCGCGCCUCAUCCAGAGGAUGGAGAGCGGCUACGAGAGCAGCGAGCGCAACAGCAACAGCCCCGUCAGCAUGGACAUGCCCCUACACGAGCACCCUGGAGCCAGCACACACAGGGAUAUGGCCAGUAAAAGGUCCCUGAGCUUCGGGCCGUCCUGGCGCUCCGUGCCCAAGUCCAAGAGUAGCAGCGCCAUCCUGCAGGAGCUGCCCUCGCCGAGCUGGGCACGCACCCUCACUGGCCCAGUAGUGGAGGGCCGCAGUGAGCUGGACGAGCUGCAGGAGGAGGUGGCUCGGCGUGCGCGGCAGCAGGAGCUCCAGAGGCAGCGGGAGAAGGCGCGCGAGGCGGCCCAGGGCUUCAACCCCAAACCCAGCAAGUUCAUGGACCUGGACGAGCUCCAGCACCAGGCUUCACUAAGAUUGCCCAUGCAUGAGGCUAACACUGAUAGCAGGACUGUGCCUGCGGCCGGCCGGCUGCAGGGGUGCAUGCGGAGGGCAGGAGCUCAGCUGGAGGUCGCACGGCCACCGGAGCAGAGCCGACCGCACGGGCCGCACAGUGAACAGCCUGGCCCGCUCCAAGUACUGCUGACGAAGACCCCCCACCAGCUCUGGGACACCAAUCAGGACGUUGCCCUUGCCCUGCCCUCCCAUUCCCUCCCUCAGUCCCCCACCUCCACCAAUCAAGCUCCAUCUUUCUCUCAGAGCCACACAUCAAUCACCUCCCCCGCCUCCGCACAGCAGUCGCCCAGUAGCCACGUCAUCCCCGGACGCCAUUACGAUUGGCCGAGCUCGGCCGAGGAGGCGGGGCUGAGGGAGGACGAGCGCUGGGAGGGCAUCAGGCUGUCCGACAUCCUGCAGGCCUCAGGUGUGUCCAUCCGGCCGCUCCGCAGGCACCUGGCCAUCUCGCUGCCCUCGCUGCCGCUGGACGCCUGGGGCCUGCUGGGGAGGCCGGAGCAGCACGACCAGGGGGCGGAGUCAGACGGGCCGCCCCCGCCCCCUCCCCCGCCCCCCCAGCCACAAGGGAGGAGAGAGGAGGUGCAGAGCCGAGAGGGGGAAAACCACCUGCGCCUCCCUCUGUGGCACCCACUCAACGCCGCGCCCCAGCGCUCCCCCAGCCCCUCCAGCCCCAGCCCCAGCCCCGGCUCCCUGACCGCGCCCAGGCCCACGUGCCACUGGUCCUCCUGGAGCCUGGACCGCCCCGACGCCGUGGUGACGCCCUACAUGACCCCCCCUGACAGCACCUGGGACCCCUGCUCCCCAGCCUCCGAACCCAGCCGCUCACUUAGCUACAGGACGCAGGGAAGCAUGUCCUGCCCUGAGCCCCGGUCCCGCACUUCUGACCAGGGGAGAGAGAUGCGGAGCGCCCCCAACCGCAGCACGGGCUCUGGAGCUGACCUGGAGCCUGUGGAACAGGAGCUUUCUGAGCUGGACUCCCUCUACCAAGCUAGUCUGAUGGCCCAAAGCAGCCCUGCUUCAGCCCCCCCUGCUGCUGGACCCAGAACAGUGGCCCCGGCGGCGCGUAAGCUGAUGAUUGGGCGCGGACGCUCUCGGACCCCCACCGCUGAGAUCGAGCGCAGCGCGUACGGACCCCCAGGCUGCCCCCGGCCCCCCACCUGGGUCAAUAAUUCUGCGUGGGGCCUGAAGCUGGAGGAGCGUGCGGUGCAGGAGGGGGAGGGUGAUGGUGAUCAGAUGAGACGCUUCGCUCGCAGUCUGAGUGGCACGGUGAUUGGCCCACACCACACCCGCCUGGCUCUGUCCCGCAGCUUUAAGACUACAGAGGAUCAACAUGUGCUUUGCACGUCUCUCUGCUUAGCUCAUUCCAACCACCUCUCUAAUAACCAUCACGAUCAUCAUCAUCAUCAUCAUCAUCACUCUCCUCUUCCUCCUCCAUCACCUCCAUGAGCUCCAUCCAGCCCACCCUCAUCUCUUUCUCAUCUCAGCCCAGACACAGUUAGAUGUUGAUGGGCAGCUCGGGUCACUCAGCCCCUGUCUGCAGCUGGAAGUGCAGGUGGAGAGAGUAAGGACGCGUCGCGCGGCUCCGGCAAGUUCUGGCUGUGCCUGACGGGGGUGCGUCUGUCCCCGUGGCCUGGGGCUGGUGACCGG